GGCCUGACGACACAUUUCGGCAACGUGUAAGGAAGGCCACGGUGGAGGUACCCUUUCUACGCCUCGGUAGGAAGGCCACGGCAGUACUCUGCCACGCCAUUGUCAAGGUGGGCGUCUCGGAUUCAAAACACGUCUUUACCAAACACGCAGAUCGUCUUUAGUGCUUCCGUGUCAACUUUGAAAUUGUCAAGUCAUUUAUUUACUAUAUAAUUAUAAGAUUUGAGGGACUGAAUUCAAAUCAAAUACUAAACAGAAUGUUUUAAUUAGUUACAGUUAUAUUAUUUACAAGACAUUCAUAAACUUCUUUUUUUUUUUUUUUGAGUUUGAUUUAAAAAAAAAACAACAACUGUUAGAUUUAAUACGAGAAGUAAAUAAAUCGUUUUACUACUAAAAUAACAAUCGCGGUAUUAUAAAAUAAAAUUGUAGGCAUCAUGGCUUUAUUUACAAGACAUUCAUUUUCUUCUUUUUUUUUUUUUUUUGAGUUUGAUUUAAAAAAAAAACAACAACUGUUAGAUCUAAUACGAGAAGUAAAUACAUCGUUUUACUACUAAAAUAACAAUCGCGGUAUUAUAAAAUAAAAUUGGAGGCAUCAUGGCGUGCGACUAUAAAAUUGUGGUUCUCGUGUCGUGCGUGCUGGUGAUGUUCUUGGCGUGCAAGCAUGACGCAAAACCAACGGAGCCGGGUAAGUAGGUUGUGUACUUGCUGACUUUGACACGUUAGAAAAAAUUUAAAAGAAAAUUGAACGACCCUUAAAAGCAAACGUUUUUUCUAUUAAUCCUUUAUAUGAAUUUUUUUUUUGUGCGACAUAGCGAUGGCUAGAGUUCUUGGGGAAAUAAUUACAUCAUAUUGCCUUCAUCUCUUGGAACACACUUCCUGUCGCUCUCAGAAACAGCCAGACACUAGAGUCUUUCAAAACCGAUUUGAAAACAUAUCUAUUACGCAAACACCUGCUGGGGUGAUGUUUUCUACUAUCUUUUCCUAUUAUCUCCUAGAUGUAUAGUGACCUGCGUUGUUUAUGGUUGCAAGGGACUUCCAUACGCCCACUUUCUGGAACCAGCUCCCCUUACACAUCCGUCAUUGUGAAACCUCGUCCACUUUCAAAAAGUCCUUUAAAACCCAUCUGUUUAGGUCCGCCUAUGACCUGUGAUGCACCCUCCUUGCACUGCCUCAUUUUCUGUCUCAGGUUGAUCCUGUAGUAUAGGCCAAAACGUGCCAAAGCGUCCUCGUUUUAUAGACAUUUUAAUUGUUUCUAUAGUAUAGUAGUUACUAUCCUAGUGUCUCUGGUUUUUCAUUUUUAUUUUACUUAGUUUACAUGUUUUUAAUAAUUGAAAAGCGCGUAGAGCUUUAAGGUAAGCGCUAUAUAAAAAUGCCUAAAUAAAUAAAUAUUCUCGUAUGUAGUUUUUGUAAUGCUGCGUUUUAUAUUUCAGUGUGGUAAAAUAUAGAUUAUUUCCUUUCUCUUUUUUAAUAUGGAUGCCUUUGUACCGCGUUUCGAGCCUUUAGGGAUGAAGCGUGAUUUUGAAAUAAGCUUUAUUAUUAUUAUUAUUAUUAUUAUCAUCUUCCCCUUGAAAAACAGGGAAACAAUUUUUUGUGGACGUGGGGCUGAAAUUAUUAUAAAAAUGUGUUGUCAUCGACAACAAGUCUAUGUGUCAAGUUUUAGCUCGAUAGGAUGACGGAAAGUGGGCCACUUAGCCUUCUGAAGAUUUUGCCAGAACAAAACAAGUGAACAAAAGUUCAGUUGCAAUAAUUAUUUGGGGGUGGAGGUGGGGGUUGGUGCUGAAAAUUUGACAAAACAUGCAUUCAAGUAAUGCACUUUAUAAGCAUCCCAAUUAGUGCCCCCCCCCCCCCCCCCCCGCCCGCCCCAUCAAGGCUCGCAAACGCAUUUUUUUUUUUUACGCCCUGAACUAUAUUUAUAUUGUAAUGCCCCAUCCGCUUCUGCACCGCAGAUUUAUUUCACCAACUGUCUCCGUAAUAAAAAAAAAAAUAUUACUAACCAAACGCACUUGCGAUAUUUUAAAGAAUUUCAUUUAUUUCCUGAAACCAAUGGCAUCAGGUAGCGUUGAAAUUGAAUUCUGGCGUCUUGGGGGAGGGGGUUAAGGCUGAAAAUUUGUUAAAAUUUAUUUUCAUCCGCAACGAGUCUAGGUGCCAAGUUUCAACUCAAUAGCGUGACGGGAAGUGUGUCAAUUAGCCUUCCGAAUAAUUUGCCACAUUAAAAAAAAAAAAAAACACGAACAAAAGCGAAGUUAAUAUAAAACGUUUAAAAAUUCUUCAAACAAUUUUGCGCAAUAUCCUAUUUUAUGAAAGAGUCUAAAUUUACAAUUUUUAAAAUUUAUUUUUUAAACUGAACUUUUCUCAGAAAAUGUCGAUAGCAAUGUUGCCCAUAUGGAAAUCAAACAAGACACGCCCACAGACGGCGGUGACAUCAAACAAGACACGCCCAAUGUUGGAGGCGACGCCACAUCACAACCACCGACCAACGUAGCUGGCGACCAGGGGCAACAACAGGAAAACAGUCCCCCGGGCGAGGCAGGAGCUAAGACACCGGAAACUGUCACGGCUGAUAGCAGGCGGAAACAGGAGGAACUAGACUGGGGCGCGCAGGGAUGGAACGACCACCGGCCACUACAACAGCAGCAACAGGAGCAUGCUCCACCACCAGCACAACAGCAGCAAGCUCAACCACCACAGCAGCAACAAGAGCAAGCUCAACCACCACCACAGCAGGAAGCUCAACCACCAGCACCGAAACAAGAACAGGAAAUGGAAGCAGAAACGGAACAGCAACAAGGUAACUGCUCUCUCUCUCUCUCACACACACACACACACACACACACACACACACACACACACACACACACACACACACACACACACACACACACACACAAGUACCUCACAGUAUUCAUGACUAGUUCAUUCAUGACGUAUUUAAAAUGUACUAACCAUCAUACAAUACGAAACACAUGUAGCGUAUUUCUCCCUUCUAGCUUCUUCUUCCUCUUACUGCCUGUAGGCCUAUCUCUUCCACUAAAACAAGAAAAAAAACCAAAACAAAAAAAAACCCCAAAAAAUUUAAAAAAUUAUGUAACAAGUCAUUUGUCAACCUCCAAUUAAUUUUAAUCUUUGUAAAUCUCCCCCACCUACGGUGCCCCAGCCAUGCUAAUCUUCCUCUGCCCUUAUUUGUGUUGAAUGUGCCCUACUGUCAUAUUCUUACAAAUAGAAUUAGAUCUUGUUUCUAUCGUGCGUCAAAGCAAAGGGAGGCAACCUUAGGAAAAACAUUGCACUUUCAGCAUACUUGUUUACCCCUUUAAACUUCCAAUUAAUAAUACGUCCAAAUAGAAAGUAUUAAACUUAUGAAAAAAUGGCAACAUUUUUGACGGGUAAAAUAAAAUUUAUGUAAAUAUAUUUAUACAUAUUAACAUUUACGUAAGUGAGUAUUGUCCCGUUCCAGAGGCGUAGCUAGAAUGUUUGACGCCUGGGGACAAAAUUCAUUUAACCACCCCCACCCCAACUCUGAGGCCCAAUAUUUUCAUCAACAAAAUGCCACCAAAGCCCGAGUUUUGCGCCCCCCCCCACACAAGUCAUGCGCCCAGGGACACCUGUUAUCCUUUUGCCACCCGUCGCUACGCAUCUGUCAUGUUCAUAAUUCUAUAAAUUGUCCAUUGAGCAGUCAACUCUGAGAGUCAGCCAAGCAUGGGCGUCAUAGACCCCGAAGAAAUCAUGCACGGUGAUGGCGUCCAUGGCCACGACCACGGGGGCUCAGAUGUCCAUGGAGGGAAAGUUGUGGACCCCGUAGCAGCACUUGAGGAAGCCAAGCGCCACGGCGAGGCCAAGCACCAAGCAGAGGGGGCGGAGCUCGAUGUUCUUCAACCCCAAGUUCAGGCCAACGUCCACGACGGAGCCGCGCGGAACGCGGCAGAGUUCCUGAAGAACCAGCAGUACGGCCCCAACGACAUCGAGGAGAUCGUGCACGGGGGUCACCAUGUCCACGGGGAUGACCAUGACCCUGGAAAGGAUAAGGUUCAAGGCGGUGAUGUGGAGGCCAUUGCGCACGGUCAAGGUGGUGUUCACGAAGACCAUGGGGAUGGUAAAAAUCAAAGAGUGGGUAAUUUAUAGAUUAUGCAAUGGGUUAAGGGGUCGUUCAUAUAGGAUCUCCGCACAGGUGGGAGCUGGGUGGGGUGGUGGGGGUGGGUCGUUCAAAAGUAGACACUAGGGUGAGGGGGAAGAGUCUUUCGGACGUCCUCAAGCUAUAUUUGUUUUAUUAUACACUGCUUUAGACCCACUACGUGUAUUCUUCUAUGGCUGAUAAAUUUGCGAACUUUGGAGAGAAAAAAAAAAUCCCAAACUACCCAGAAUUUAGUAACAAUUUUAUAAGGGAGAGAUCCAGCUAAAUAUAUAGGUGCUAUUUAUCAACAUAGCAAACAACGCGUUUUAAAAAAAAAUCUGUCUGGCGUUAAUCGAACGAUAUAUAUAAGGGAACCGAUUGGCAAGUCUGUGGUGGCUUGUCAAAUAGGAGGCGUCGGCCACCGACACCCUAGACGUUACCCGGGGAACAAAACCACUGGGCGCGUCCUGCGUGGGCAGACAAGGGAUGUGCUCGGUACCUGCCGUACAUAAAACAGCUCCUACAGGGCUGCCAGUUGUGAUAUUUCCCAACUGGAAUAAUAGGCGGAGACAGGGUAGGGAUCAUGAUUACAAGUUGCCGUUAAUGGAUAUGUGGCGAGAGGCGAAGGUGGUAACCUCUGGCCGAUGAUUCUUACUACGCAGCCCUGAGAAGCUGCUCCAAGGCAACCGUUUCGUCCAAGCUGCAUCGCGAAAUAGUUGCGUUGUGGAAACCCACUGUAGAAUCCCUCUUAUAGGGCGUCUAACGCUUCCCCGGGAUGGGUGGGGGAAGAUAUUAGGACGUACAUUUUUCCAUCCCGACUCCUGAGAAAGUCGAUCGAGUGCACUGUGUGCAAACACAGUGUCGGACCGACCGGGUGUCUUUGGGUUAGGACGGCCCCCGGCGGAGACCUUGGUCGAGCAGUUUCGGGGGUGGGGGCCGUCCUGACAAAGGGACAUCCCCGACGUGCCGCUCCGUGGCCCAGAUACCGGGUUGGGGAGGGGUGUUUUGGGGAGUGCAAGCUCGACGGCCCGCUGACGCCAUUUCUGAAUGUAAUAUAUAAGGAAUCAUCCGUAUACUAAAACUCAUAAACUAUUAGACCCCGCCCCCUUUAAUGGAUCCGUCCGUUUUGGGCACCCCCCCCCCCGCCUCAAUUUGAAUGUAAUAUAUAAGGAAUCAUCCGUAUACUAAAACUCAUAAACUAUUAGACCCCGCCCCCUUUAAUGGAUCCGUCCGUUUUGGGCACCCCCCCCCCGCCUCAAUUUAUGGGCAUGUACAAAAGUUUUCAGAUCAAACCCCCUCCAAAAAGGAAAAGAAAAGAAUUUAUAUAUUAAUCAUAAACCAUCAUGACGUAAAAAUACAAUUAAAUUAGGUCACGUCAAUGUAUUCCAGUGUUUCCUAACUCUCGCGUCGCCCCCCCCUCCCCUCACAGGGCUACAAGUUGUAGAUUAUAGGAGGGCAUUUAAUUGACUAUGGGACGGUGAUGAUGUUAAAACCGAUCUGGUGCACCAACUGGUCUGUUGCACAAACUGGUCUGGUGCACAAAACGAUCUGGUGCACCAAAUGGUCUGCUGCACAAACUGGACUGGUGCACAAAACGAUCUGGUGCACCAACUGGUCUGGUGCACCAACUGGUCUGCUUCACCGACUGGUCUGGUGCACAAAACGAUCUGGUGCACCAACUGGUCUGCUGCACCAACUGGUCUGUUGCACCAACUGGUCUGCUGCACCGACUGGUCUGGUGCACAAAACGAUCUGGUGCACCAACAGGUCUGCUGCACAAACUGGUCUGGUGCAUCAACUGAUCUGCUGCACAAACAGGUCAGGCGCCGUUGCGGUGUUAUAAAAUGAACGCUGCAAUAACUCGUAUUUGUACGACCCCGAUGUGGGUCACGUAGACGCCACAGUGCUGUUUUCACCUGCCGAUAAUACCACAUUGUAAUCAUAAGGACUGUCGUCAUCAUGAUUUAGCGUGACUCUCAAAAAGCGAUUACAAAUCUCCAUGAACACUUUCCUUCUCAGCAACACUUAACCGUGGACCCCGAGGAAAUGAUGCAUGGCGGGACCGGAGAGGCUCAUGACCACGGGGCACAUGCUCAACCAGGUGAGGCUUAUUGAAAUGGUCACGUUAAUUGUACCUAUUAAUGUUUAGCACACUAGCAUAACAAGGACAUCAUGGGUUUUUUUUUGUGUGUGCACACUAGCAUAACAAGAACGCCAUCGUGUUUUGUGUUUUUAUUAAACGAUAAUUUACUUUCCUCAAAGAUGGCGACCGCACUUGGUUGAGAUGACUAACGGUACUCGAUCCACUUAGGGAAAUAGCGGAAAUUGACCCCCUUUUUCAGUUUCACGCUAGGGUUUAACCCACAGGUUCUCAGCGCGGGGUUGUCAUGAACGAAAUUCGAUUUGAAACUGACUUCCUAUCAAAUUUGUUAUUUAAAACAGGUUACUCUGCAAUUACCCUGGAUCCAGAGUUAUCUUCACUUUGGCAACAUCCCGCUGCCCCACACCAAUUUUGUUAGCCACAUCACAAUCACAACGCUGCCCCUCACCAAUUUUGUUAGCCACAUCACCAUCACAACGCUGCCCCUCACCAAUUUUGUUAGCCACAUCACCAUCACAACGCUGCCCCUCACCAAUUUUGUUAGCCACAUCACCAUCACAACGCAGCCCCUCACCAAUUUUGUUAGCCACAUCCCCAUCAUAACCCCGCCCCUCACCAAUUUUGUUAGCCACAUCCCCAUCAUAACCCCGCCCCUCACCAAUUUUGUUAGCCACAUCACCAUCAUAACGCUGCCCCUCACCAUUGUGUUAGCCACAUCACCACCAUAACCCUGCCCCUCACCAAUUUUGUUAACCACAUCACCACUUGGCAUGCCGUUUCAUUACAGCUGUGUUCUCCAGCAUCAGGACUGAUUUAUGUUAUCUUAUUCUUAUCCUCGUUUCUCUAGAAAAGCAGCCACAGCCUGGAGGUGACGCCCCUGAAGACGAGAUGCUGACAAAAGGUCUGGGACAAGAGCCAAAAGUUAAGGUGUGCACAUUUUUCGCCAUGAAACGUGUCAAAAAUUUUAAGUUACUCACACGUGAAGCCCCCUUCAGUGUAUAGCCCCCCCUUCCCCCCCCCCAAUAAAUAAAGAAAUGACCAUUCAUUGAAUAUAUUACCAUCACAGCUUUCUUUGCAGGAAGAGAAAGACAUCGGUCCAACCUUUGAGAAGGCGGUCCAUGGAGAGGACCACGUGCAUGACCACGACCCCAACUACAGGCCCAAGAAUAUUAUUACUUACAAGGACAUUAUUGAUUUAGGCCUUACGGAGGAACAGCUGAAAGGUAAUUUUAGGUCUUGUCUGACUUUCUAAUAAAUCAACCUUUCCUUACCUGUGCGCUUUACCUUCUUAUGACAAAUCAACCUUUCUUUACCUGUGCGCUUUACCUUCUUAUGACAAAUCAAUCUUUCCUUACCUGUGCGCUUUACCUUCCUAUGACAAAUCAAUCUUUCCUUACCUGUGCGCUUUACCUUCCUAUGACAAAUCAACCUUUCCUUACCUGUGCGCUUUACCUUCCUAUGACAAAUCAAUCUUUCCUUACCUGUGCGCUUUACCUUCCUAUGACAAAUCAACCUUUCCUUACCUGUGCGCUUUACCUUCCUAUGACAAAUCAACCUUUCCUUACCUGUGCGCUUUACCUUCCUAUAACAAAUCAACCUUUCCUUACCUGUGCGCUUUACCUUCCUAUGACAAAUCAACCUUUCCUUACCUGUGCGCUUUACCUUCCUAUGACAAAUCAACCUUUCCUUACCUGUGCGCUUUACCUUCUUAUGACAAAUCAACCUUUCCUUACCUGUGCGCUUUACCUUCCUAUGACAAAUCAACCUUUCCUUACCUGUGCGCUUUACUUUCCUAUAACAAAUCAACCUUUCCUUACCAGAGUGUCUUACAUUCCUUCUAUGAAACAACACCUCCUUACCUGUGUAACUUACCUUCCUACCAUGAAUCAACCUUUCCUUACCUGUGUAUCUUACUUUGAAUUAACCUUACCUUACCUGUGUAUCUUACCUUCCUCCAGGCAUUGACUUGAACAAGGUGUUGGAACAGGAGCAGAGGGAGUUUGACAACUGGCAACAACAGGAGUUGGGGAAUGACCCCAAGGACCCAGCAUACUGGAACGAGGUACUAGAAGCAUUGCUCUUAAUUUCAUUCCACUUCUCCAUUAAGCCUGGUCAAUGCGUCUUAGGUAGCCCAUUUCUCUUAUUUUCAUUCCAGUUCUUCACUAAGCAUGGUAAAGACGUCUUACUUACGUAUCCCAUUUCUCUUAGUUUUAUUCCAGUUCUAUUCUAAGCCUUGUCAAGAUGUCUUACGUAGCCCAUUUCUCUUAGUUUAAUUCCAGUUCUCCAUUACGCCUGGUCAAGGCAUCUUACGAAGCCCUGAGUACCGACCAGUGUCUUAUUAUUUAAUAAGAAGUUCCAAAACAAACCAACAGUGUUAUCAUAGAUUCGAACUAUUUGACCAUCAGAUUUGUCCAGUUACAUAGAUCUGCAUUUGUCCAGUUACAUAGAUCUGCAUUUGUCCAGUUACAUAUAUAUGCAUUUGUCGAGUUACAUAGAUCUGCAUUUGUCCAAUUACAUAUUAUAGAUCUGCAUUCGUCCAGUUACAUAGAUCUUCAUUUGUCCAGUUACCUAGAUCUGCAUUUUUCCAGUUACCUAGAUCUGCAUUUGUCCAGUUACCUAGAUCUUCAUUUGUCCAGUUACCUAGAUCUGCAUUUUUCCAGUUACCUAGAUCUGCAUUCGUCCAUUUAAAUAGAUCUGCAUUCGUCCAGUUACAUAGAUCUGCAUUUGUCCAGUUACAUAAAUCUGCUUUUGUUCAACUAUUCACAAAUGAGUCGAUGAAUAAACUCAGUAAAGCCUAGCAAAAAAUGAGAUUUUACUGGCAGAAAUUUGAGAAGCGAAAUGAUGUCAAACAGAUAGGCCUACCGCUACUUGUGGAUUUUGUGACGCUUAUGGGGCGAAAUUAUUUGGGGGCAAUAUCGCAAUACCCGAAUUAACCAAUUGCAUCUGUUAAUAGAGAUGGCAAAGUGAAUAGAAAAAUAAUGUGUAGACCUUAAAUUAUUAAAUCAUUAAAUGUAAUGACUUUAUUCUCCUCAAUGUUAAGUCGUUUAAAAUUGAAUGAUAUUUUUAAGAACUGAACUUAAAAAUAUAUUUUUUUCCAAUUAUAUUUUUCUCCCUUUCAUUUAAAAAAAAAAAAAUGUCAAAUGAAAAUAUUAGAUUAAAUUCCUCAGCAGGUCAAAAGUCUAAGACAACAGUACAUCGAGAAGAUCUACGCCAAGAUAAGAGACAUCUCCCAGCCGGACCUGGAGCACGCCGAGUGGGAGGAUUGGGACGAUGAGAUCCACGGGCUCAAGGACCCCUCGCAGCUGCACGACGGGGAAACGCCGCUGGAGCACGAGAUGGAGAUGUGGGGGAGGACGGAGCCCAAGGCCAACAGGCAGCCCUACAAGGCGCUGCACGGGAGGAGGGGCAUGAACGAGGAGCUGGAGGAGGAGGGGCAGCAGCUGGAGGGGGAGGAGAAGCCACAGGGGGAUUUAUAGAAUGUGGAGCAAGAAGGGUG